AUGAGCGGUUUGGGUUUGGUUUUGAAGGUCAUAAUGGCGACAAAUCGCGCAGAUACUCUCGACCCGGCGCUGCUGCGGCCCGGGCGACUUGACCGCAAAAUUGAAUUUCCCCUCCCCGAUAGACGCCAAAGAAGACUUAUUUUGCAAACAAUAACAGCAAAAAUGAACAUUUCGCCAGAAGUUGACCUCGAAGACUUCAUCUCGAGGCCAGAAAAAGUAUCUGCUGCUGAUAUUGCUGCCAUCUGCCAAGAGGCCGGCAUGCAGGCAGUCAGGAAAAAUAGAUAUGUGGUGCUGGCGAAGGACUUUGAAAAGGGCUGGAAGGCUCAUGUGCGCAAACACGAAAGAGACUUCGAGUUCUACUCAGUCUAG